AUGGGCUGCUGCCCGCUGAUAUUGCUCGCCACUUCACUUAUCGUCUCCGUCGUCGCCGUUGACACUUGUUCAAAGUCGAAUUGCCCCAAAAUGAGCACCACCGAGAGAACUUUCAUCGCUGUCAAGCCUGAUGGAGUCCACCGCGGACUUGUCGGAAAGAUCAUCGCUCGUUUCGAGGAGCGCGGUUACAAGCUCAUCGCUCUUAAGCAGAUCACUGCUUCCAAGAGCCACCUCGAGACCCACUACCAAGACCUCAAGGACAAGCCAUUCUUCCCAGCUCUCAUCGAGUACAUGAGCUCUGGACCAGUCGUCGCCAUGGUCUGGCAAGGACUCGACGUUGUCAAGCAGGGACGUGCCAUGCUCGGAGCUACCAACCCGCUUGCUUCGGCCCCAGGAACCAUCCGCGGAGACUUCGCCAUCCAAACCGGACGCAACAUCUGCCACGGAUCCGACUCUGUUGACUCUGCCACCCGCGAGAUCGCUCAUUGGUUCAAGCCGGAGGAGAUUAACGACUACGCCAGCCCAUUCAUCAACUCCUGGGUUUAUGAAUAA